GAUCUCGAACAAGGGUGUGAGCUCAAGCUAGCCAAGAAGCAACCUAGCUAGCUAGGGAACGCAAGCUAGCCCCGGCCCCACAGCUCCCGGCUCGCUCGCCAUGAGUAACUUCGGUGGGAGGCCCCAUGGCCAUGGGACGACGACGAUCCCGUGCAAGUACUGCCGGGCGUCGCUCAGCGUGAUCCCCGGCGAGCGCGCCAUCCAGUGCGCGCACUGCAACUGCGUGACGCGCAUCCGGCGCGCCGACCGGAUCCCGCUGCCGAUCAUGGGGCCCAUGACGGCACCGUUCCAGCGCGCCCGCGGCAAGAAGCGCGCCGUCCUGGUCGGCAUCACCUACGCCGGCAUGCGCCGCGGCUGCGGCGAGCUCAGGGGGCCCAUCAACGACGUCAAGUGCAUGAGGAACCUCCUCUGCCAGCGCUUCGGCUUCCCCGCCGAGUGCGUCAUCAUGCUCACCGAUGACCAGCGGGAUCCGUUCAGGCUGCCGACCAAGGACAACAUCCGGAUGGCGAUGCAUUGGCUGGUGCAGGGCUGCAGCUACGGCGACUCCCUGGUGUUCCACUUCUCCGGCCUGGGGGCGCAGGUCGCCGAUGACGACGGCGACGAGUUGGACGGGUACGACGAGGCCCUCUGCCCGAUGGACGCCUUCCAGAAGGGCCCCAUCCUGGACGACGAGAUCAACGAGGCCAUCGUGCGCCCGCUCGUGCACGGCGUCAGGCUCCACGCCGUCGUCGACGCCUGCUACAGCGCCACCGUCCUCGACCUCCCCUUCCUCUGCCGCGUCGCCAGGAACGGCUACUGGCAGUGGGAGGACCAGCGCCCCCCGUCGGGCGCCUGGAAGGGCACCAGCGGCGGCCAGGCCGUGCUCUUCAGCGGCUACAGCGACGGCAAGAGCAACUUCGCCGUGAUGCCGGACGCCUACGGAUCCGUCGGGGCCAUGACGCACAGCUUCGUCCGGGCGGUGGAGUGCGAGCCGCGCGGGGUCACCUACGGCCGCCUGCUCACCUCCAUGAGGACCAUCAUGAAGUGCGGCGGCGGCGGCGGCGGCGGCGGGAGCUACGGCGACUUGCAGGGACCCAUCGGCGCGCCGAUGCACCACCACCAGGUCGCCAACUUCAGCGGCGUGCAGUUUUUCCCUUCUGCCGUUGGUAUGAUGGUGCAGGAGCCAAACCUGUCGUCUUCGGAGAUGUUCGACAUCUACCGCAAGCCCUUCGUCCUGUGAUGAGCACCAUAGGUGGCUGUGCUUCGAGAAAACUUCAUAAAUAUAUAUCAUCGUCGUGACGGAAUAAUCAAUCGACGGGUUUAGCUCUGAUGCUUCGUCUGAAAGAGCGUGACUCAUAGCUACUGUAGCUCAUAGGUUGUGGAGGGCUUGGUUGGUCAUACGUGCCUCCUCUGCCUUUCUACACCUCUCUCACUGUUGUCUCUUAUAUAUGCUGCUGCAUCUCAAACACAAAGGCAUAAGCUGUGAGACUUAUGCAGUUAUGUAUGCAAAUUGAAAUCAAACUACAUGAAAACGUACUGCUAUAUGUUAUGCAGUUAUGCAAACAAACUUCUGUUUUCUGAUCUGAAUAUACAAGACGACUCAAGAAGUCAGAUUCAAA